AAUAUGUAUGUAUAAUACAUUCUAUAUAUAUUUUUUACCAUUAUAUUAUUUCCUAUUGAUUUGUACUUCAGAUAUCUGUAUUUGCUCUCUUUAUCUUUAUUUCCAGGAUAAUUAGAUAAUAAGCAAGAGAGAAGGAAAGCUGGAACACGUAUGUCUCGAUAACUUUGUCAAAUCGUCGGAAUUAUUAGGGUACUGUGACAGAAUACUCGUACAAAGUGGAACAUGAGUUAAACUUAAAAUUUUGCUGUAACUGUUUUAUCAACUUUCUUGAGAUUGCUUUCGAUGUGAAAGAAUCGAUUUUUCUUUGCAAUAAAUUUUUUACAGUUUGUUUCUAAUCGAUGCUUAUUCAGGAAUAUUAUUAACUGAAUGUCAACUUAAUUAUGUAUACUAUUGCGAUUUUAACUUCAGAUUGGGUUUCAAGAGCCGAGACUUAUCGGCGCGCAGUUUGCUACGUUGGAAAAAAGAUGUACACGCGAUAUUUGGCACUGAAAUCCAGCCCAACCGUGUAAGGUUUCUAUUACUUUGUCUAUACAAGGUAUUCGAAAAGAAUGGGACCCCCUAUAUUAUCUCCAGAAGUACGCGCUUUCACGGAAAAAUGACCCGAAUAAAAGUUGUAGUCGUGAAGUACAAUCUUUUGGCGACCUUGAAAUUGUCCUUUAAUGGCCUGAAAAGAUCCUUUAAAUUCGAGUAUCUCCGAUAUCUUCUAAAGACCCGAGAGAAAGAAAAAAGCGUGUCUUACAAAAAAAAUCCUUAAAAGAGCGUUUCUACGGGAGUCUGUCGGGAGACACGUAUUCCAACUGUGACUCGCGAUCCCCUUAUCUGAUCGUUUUGGAAGCACGAGUAGAUAAAUACAGACUCGCGUGCAAUCCGAAAUUAAAUAACUUUAUCGUAAUACUCGCAAAAGACUUUAAUUUAAACGAUACGUCAGAACUCAUUGCCAGAAGCUGGACUUAUGAUGUAUGUGCAAACGUGUUGUGUAAUCGUAGCUAACUGUGAAAUCGUCACUGAUGAAUUGCCGUUAACGCAAACACAAUGUGUCGUCGAUCAUCAUAAAGCAUAUUCAGACGAAGAAACGUAGCAAGAAGACCAGAUUGCGACUAUUAAUCCUGUAAUCGCGUAUCUCGACGUUGAUACGCCGUUUCGACGUGAGAUAUUCUUCAUUGAUACACUCCCCGAUGUAGCGUUAUCGUUUUUUGACAUUCUUUUUUACAAUUUUGUAGCUUCAGCUUGAUUAAAACGAGAUGAGCUGCGGAGGAUUAUUAAGAUUGUCGAAGAAUCGUCCUUGACAAUGAUCGAAACGAUAUUUCCUGUGCUUAACGUAACGACGUAGUACUACAUAGGUGUUUAGAUGCGUGCACAACUUCGAUUACAAAACCGUCGAUUCUGUCGAACGCGAAGAUCGAGUGAUUAUGUAAGACAGAUUGACUACACUUAUAGUGAUAUUUCAUUUUCGAUUACAUUAUUUCUCGAGCGUCUCUACUUUCUUCUUUCAGUCCAUCCAAAAUUGGAAAUUUAGUUUGCGCUACUCUAACAGGUUUUACUGCAAUAAAGUAAUAAUUAACCUGUGACUUAAUCAAGACCUUGGGCUUUGUACAUAGCUAAUACAAAACAAGUUUGGGCUCCAAUUAUGUUAUUUAUAGUGGUUCCGUUUAGCAUUGCAAAUCUGAGGUGUCGAAGUGUUCUCUUCCCGGUGAGAAUAAUUCGUCGAAACAAUCGAAUCGACAUUGACAAGUUCGACAUCAAUUUGACGGUGGCGAUGUCGAUUCAACAUCGUUUCGACAUCGAUGAUCGACCGAUAAGUCAUCUCUCGCUGGGUUGUGUCGCAUUAAAGUAAGCAAGAAAGGAGAUUGAAAUGGAAAGAGAGAAAGAGCACUCCGACACCUCAGAUUUGCAAUGCCGAACGCAGCUAGUGUCGCGAGUAUCUCGAGAAAAAUUCAAUGGCCGAUCAUUUUGUAUACCUUAUCUAUUUUAUUGCAUAUAUCGUUCAUGUACAAUAACAAUAUGACUCAAAAUUGCCACUUUUGAGUCGUUAGUAAAAGAUUAUCAAUAUACUGAAUGAAGAGCCGUAUAGCUAGGUAUACUUUUAUUACAUUAAAAUGAAAUUUUAACGAUUCCCAGAUAGCGCACAUAGUUUUACGAAUAUUCUUCUGGGGUGCAAAUAUUCUUAAUUUCAGAAUAUUCCAAUCGAAUUUUCUAGAAAUAUAUAUUGAUUAUUACAAUUAGAUAUCGUAUAUUCAUAACAAAGAAGAACGCGUUUAGAAUAUUGUGUCGAGAAUGUCUUUAGAAUAUUUGUUCAGAAUAAUUUUGUAAUAUUCAUCGAGUUUAUGUACUGCACAUUGUUUAUUGUGUAAUACACUUUAUCUUAUGCAAAAGACAGUGAAACCUGUGAUCAUACCACAUAUGUAUAAUCCACGCGCUAUACCCAGCGAGAAAUGGCUCGUCGAUCGAUAUUGAAACGAUGUCGGAUCAACAUCGACACCAUCAAACUGAUGUCGAAUAGACAUCGAUUGACAAAACAUUUCUCCCUGGGAUAUUCGAUAGAUUAUUCUAUUCACAUUCGAAAAAGAUUUAUAGUAUAGUAGUGCCAGUCGAAUGUUCCACGAACAUAAGAUAAAUAUGUAAAAAUGACCUAUGAAAUAUUCCAAAUGUUCUUGAAGAAUAGUUUUAAAAAUGUUCAUAGGAGUGUCUUGUGCUAUCUGGGUUCAAGCUCCCUUUCCGGAAAACUUAGUUUUUUCUUUCAGUUACGUCGUGGCGGUAAAUAAACGAUACAUUUUAUUUAAUUUCACAAAAUGUGCAAAUACGUAACGUGCAUUCUUGCAGGAUUUCCGGCAAGAUUCUCCACGCUUGAUUUCGUACACGUGGAACGCGGAAAAAUUCCUGACAUAACUAAUCGUUUACGUUGCAGCUAUCGAGUAAAAAUUUUGACACUAUCAACGCCGGCAGUUGACGUCACCGUGCGAGGAUUUGCUCGUAUCACAUAAGCGAAACGUCUAAAUUGAGCCUCUUAAGAAAAAUCAUCGCAAUACGUCAACAGCCCGUAAUCGCGUGCCAGGACCGCGGACACGUGCAGCCGUGUCCGUUAAUAAAAACAAUCCGCGGCCUCGCAUACGCAAGCAUACAAAACGGAUAACGAGCGGCGAGGUUGAAAUUUACAGAAACGAUCUCGGAGUCGCGCGUGGAAGUAGGUCUGUUUCCGAAGUAAUUCAAUAAUCGUCUCCUCGGAAGGGGUGAAUCGACACAAGUUAAUACAUCUACGUUCGAGAAUCCUGUGACUCUUUAAAGAGCCGCUCGCGUCUCCUCGUCGCAUUGUUACGCCACACUUCUGACUUCUUAAACAUAUUACCCUGUCCGUGACAUUAUUGAAUUUUUCUUCUCUCGGCAGAGAAAAAAAUUCAUGAAUUAUUUCUCGGUUACAUAAAAGAUUUUUUCAAUCGAUCAGUUAUAUAACAGCUUUGUUAAAGUUCACGGGUAAACGUGUGUUCGCCCGUUUAAAUCUACGGGUUCCAACGGGAAGCUGUGCAUAAAGCAAACGGUGUACUUGUAGUACGAGGUGCAACUUGCUCCGCAAAAGUAGCCGUCCAUCGUGAAGAUAUGAUUACGCAUUGGUGUUUCGUCUCACUGCUGUGUUAUGGAUUUGUCGUUGAAACAAACAGUUUGUUUCGUACGUGGGGAUUGUUUCCCCCGAGUAGCGAUCCCAAUCUACUGGUUGAGGACAGUGUAAGACAGAGCGGCUACCCCUUUGAACUUCACCACGUAACGACCAAGGACGGAUACGUAUUGGCUGUCCAUCGGAUACCUAAUCGUUCUAAUAAGACCACCGAGAACCAUCGAGUGGUGUUGAUCAUGCACGGAUUGUUGGGAUGCUCAAUGGAUUGGCUGAUAACGGGUCGGAAUCGAUCAAUCGCUUAUCUUCUGGCUGACGACGGUUACGAUGUAUGGCUCGGUAACUCCCGCGGGACCACCAACUCGAAGAACCACACGACCCUUUCCAUAGAAAGCGCUCAAUUCUGGGACUUUAGCUGGCACGAGAUGGGUAUGUACGACUUGUCCGCUAUGAUAGACUACAUAUUGGAUCAAACCGGCCAACAGCAGCUGUUCUACAUAGGCUUCUCUCAAGGAACAACGCAAUUUUGGGUCCUUAUGUCCCUGAGGCCGGAAUACAACCAGAAAAUCAAGCUCAUGUCCGCUUUAGCCCCCGUGGCUUACACCGGACACAUCGGAGGUGUGCUAAGACCUCUAAGUUUCAUCGCCAACACCCUUAAGGGAUUUUACAAGUUCACCGGAUACUUCGAGCUGCUAGCGAAUACGGAACUGGAGAAACUCGUAACAUUCGCGCUCUGCCGGGAAGGCAUCCUCACUCAGCCCUUCUGCGAACUGAUCGUGCACAUGGUCGGAGGUUUCAGCACCGGCGAGACGGAUUACGCGCACUUGGCAGAUUAUCUGCAGUUCGCACCGGCGGGAUGCUCGUACAAGCAAUUGGUUCAUUACUCAAUGGGCAUUCAAAAUCCAGGACACUUUCGACCUUACGACUACGGCCUGCUGAAGAACCUCAGGCUUUACAGGCGAAUGUUGCCGCCGGACUAUCCCCUGAAAAAGAUUACGGCCCCGGUGAUCUUGUACAACGGCUUGAACGAUGUCCUGGCGCAUCCAAAUGACGUCGAGAUGUUGAACGGAAUAUUGCCGAAUAUCUUGGAGAAAUUCACGGUGACGCUGAAGCGGUUGAAUCACUUCGAUUUCGUGUACGGUGUGCACAUACGAGAACUCGUCUACGAUCAUCUGAUCGAGAAAAUGAACUCCAUACCGUGAAGAUAUCGCUUCGAUCGAACACCCGAGAGCUCUCGCGGGCCCCACGCGCAUAGGAUUGCUUCGGGGAAGAUACGAACCACUUGGAC